ACGGAUUCAAAGACUGUUCAAGUAGCGCUCAAUGGACUUGACAAUAUACUGAAAGCGGGACAGCAGGCAGAUCAGUUGAACCCAUACGCCACUCUCAUCGAAGAAUGUUUUGGUUUAGACAAAAUAGAAUUUCUGCAAUCGCACGAGAAUCUCGACAUCUACCAAAAGUCAUUCGAGAUAAUCGAGAACUACUUCGGGUCGGAGAGCGAGGAUGGCCGCGUGGCGCCCGUCUCC